UAUAUUUUAUACGGUUUAAUAACAUUUUUAUAUUAUUUUAAACUCCAGCUUUUGGCUUUGAAAUUUCCGAAACCAUAAUACAUAAAUAUAAAAUCCGGGACCCUAAGAAAGUGGGACAUAAAUAUAGAGGGAGGGUUUGCUACUCUGUUGAAGAGUUUUGUUUGGUUUGUCGCCAUUGUUAACACUUCAGAGUUCAGAGAGAGAGAGAGAGAGAGAGAGAGAGAGAGAAUGGGUACGUGGAACAUGCGGUUUUCUGGAUUGCAUGAAGCGCGGCAGCAUGGUUUAGUUGCGGGUCCUAAAUAUAGUCGGAAAGUUGGAGCGAACGUGUUUGCGGUUAUAGUUGAAUUAGGCUUGUCCAAACGAACUAAGGGCACCGAUUAUUGCUUAAGCCUAAGAGUGAUUGAUCACACUUACAAUCACAGUGGCAUGGCUGUUAACAUUUUUACUACAAAUCCAAUUUUACUUCACCAUCAUGCUGCGCCUGGAGAUAUCAUCAGGCUCACUCAAGUCACUGUAGAUCCAUUUAAAGACGAUUUAAAUCUUGUUUUCCACAAACAAAUUUCCUCUUUUGCUUUAUAUAAAGGGAAAGAUGCUAAUAAUUUUCACCCUUAUCAAUUUUCUUCAAAAUUUAUACCUGGAGCUGAGGAUCAAAGGUUCAUAGCCCAUCUUAGAAGAUGGCUCGUCAGUUUUCAGUUUCGUGAAGAUCCAAGUAAAUUUCCUAUGAUACGAGAAAUCAAGGAUGGAUUCUUUGGUUUGGCAUGCAAGAUACUCCAUUGCUGGGAGGUUACAGAAGAUAAAUGGGGCUUCUAUGUUUGGGAUAGUACUGAUGCCCCACCGAACACCAUAUCUUCCAAGCUAGAAGAUGAAAUUAAUUCUCCACUUCCUCUAACAUUGGCUCCCUUGUCUUUGCCAAGAGAGUUAUUAUGUACAUUUCCUGAUGUUGGAACCAUCUUGUUGAUAAUUGCUGAUCCAGCACUUGUGAAAAGUCAACUUGAUGUCCUAAAUAGUGGGAAAUGGGUCAAAAUUGUUAAUCUUCAUUUUGAAGUGCAUGCAGGACUAUGGUGUGGUAUUUUUAUGCCUCAGACAAGGCUUCGAUACACACCAAAUGAGGACAGUCUCAUCAUAAAACGCCAAAGGCUGUAUAAAGAGCGGAUGUUCUUGCAAUCAGGAAGAGUGCCUUUUUCAUGCAGCUUGCCUAAUUCUCUAUCUGUCACAGAGAAUACUGACGAAAGUGUGCGGCCUAUGACUUUAAUGGGUAUUCUCACAGACUCAAAGGUGACAGCCAAAUAUAGGUGUUUGGUUAGGGUGGUAGCAGCUAUGCCAUGCCAAGCUGAGAUGCUCCCCUGUCCUGAUGAUGGGAUAUACAAACUGCUACUGACCCUAGAGGACCCAACAGCUAGGAUUCGUGCACAUGUAUUUGAAAAGGAUGGGGAGACAUUUUUUGAUGGUUAUCCGAGCACUGAUGUGUUGACAAGAAAACUGAAUCGAUUACUUGGACUAGCUGAAGGUGAUGGUAAUAUGAGAGUACAAGAUACUCCAAGAAAUCCUCCAUGGUUGAGUGUUUGCAUUAAAGCAUUCUAUAAGGUUAAGACUGAUCCGUGGGGCACUAGAACAUACAGGAUAUUUGACACUAAAAUAGUGGAAGAAGCUUAAAAUACUGUAAAAAAAUUCUUUUUUGUAGGACAAUAUUUGUAGGAUUUGUAUAUAAACUAGAAAGUGCAGGCAUGUUCUGCCAAGCUAGAAGGUUGGGAACCUUUUUUUUUUUUUUCUUUUUCUUAUUUCCAUAUGACCAGGUAAAUGCAAUUUUGAAUGAAUGUGUAAAGUAUGUAUGUUUGUAUAA